AUGUCCCCUCGUCCGCCCGUCCGUCUGACACUGAUCGUUUGCUGCGCUCCUGAUGGCGGCAUCGGGGCCAAAGGUGGCCUACCUUGGUCUCUGCCGGGCGAGAUGCGCUACUUCUCUCGUGUGACUCAGCAUGUCACCCCUUCGUCGGACAAUCAGCCAGCAACGGCGAAUGCGGUCAUCAUGGGCAGAAAGAGCUGGGAGAGUAUUCCGGCUCGGUUCAGGCCACUCAAGUCUCGCAUCAACGUCGUACUCAGCAGGAGCGACGAGCCUCUUCCCGGCAUCAAUGACGCCAAAUGGACUUUCCAGGCCACCUCGAUACUCGACGCAAUCAAGCGGCUGCACUCGAGUGACUCUACAGGCCCACGCUGUCAUCGCAUCUUCAUCAUCGGCGGUGCUCAGAUCUACAGAGACGCCUUGGCAUUAGAUCAAAGGAGCGGCGCAUGGGCAGACCGCAUCCUACUAACGCAGAUCAAAGAGCCUUCCUUUGAAUGCGAUACUCACUUGCCCGACUUCAGAAACGCACCCGGCGAGGCAUGGCAACAAGCGACCUUGGCUGAACUCGCGCGGUGGGUCGAAGUUGAUAUGCCAGAGGGCGACGUGGAAGAAAAGGACGUGCGGUACCAGUAUCAGAUGUGGCAAAGAUCGUGA